AUGGAGAAAUCAACCAUGCUUAGCGUCAUCUUCUAUUUUGUCCUCCUGUGUCUGGUCCAGGUGAUGGCUUUUCCUCUUGGACAUAAGGCUCGUAUUGCCUUUCCCAACCUUGGUCUAAAGGCCUCAUCUGCCACUGAUGAAAGCAGGCAAUCCCGAAACGUAAAGAAGUUCCCUCAAUAUAUGAUGCACCUAUACCAGACUCUGACAGCGAGUGAUACUGAUCUUCCCACCACUGGACAUCCAAAUCUUCAGGAAGCUGAUACCAUCCUAAGUCUAACUGCAAAAAAUUGCAUUGUGAAGGACGAUCACUGGACAUUUCUUUUUGACAUGACUUCACUCUCUGGAUGCAAUGAUCUGAGCUUGGCUGAGUUAAGAAUCCACCUUCCUAAUUUUAACAAACCCUGGAAUGUGACGGUGGACAUUUACCAUGCCAAAGAAGGUCAGCAAAGGCUCUAUGUUGGAUCUUUCAAGUCCAACCCUUCCAUUGCACAAGGUUCCCCUUGGAAGGUAUUUAAUCUGACCAACAUGAUAACACAUUAUAUCCUACAAGACAAGAAGUUCACUAAUGGUGAAUACAUAGAAGCUAAAGACAUGGCCGAGAGAAGCCCAGUAGACGAAGAUGUGGUCGAUACAAGCAGCACUUCGAGACAAAAUAGUGACUUUACCCCGGAGACAGAUUUUAACGUCGAGAGAGUAAUACUGUUGGUUUUUGCCAAGGACGAGCCAGUAACGAAACUUGUCUCUCCUAGCCUACUGAAAAAAAUGCGAUCUUCCAAACUAGUUAUUUCAAGGAAUAAUAACAGGGAGACCGAGAUGAAGAAAGCCAGAAGGAACAGAAAAAAGAUUCCGAAAGUCACUGUGAGCCCCACGCUCCCCACUACCACGGAACAGUCUAAACCUGAAUGUAGGAGAGUGGACAUGUUGGUGGACUUUGAUAAGAUUGGAUGGGGCAACAUGAUAGUGUACCCUAGAAAGUACAACGCAUUUAGAUGUGAAGGAACCUGUUUGAAUCCACUGAAUGAAACUCUUAAGAUGACUAACUAUGCACAAAUUAAGCGUUUGAUGAACCUGACUGACGCUGAGCGAGUUGAAUGUCCGGCCUGUGUUCCCGUGAGGAUGAGCUCCUUAUCCGUUUUUUAUUAUGAGAAGGAAAGCAUUGCAAGAAGACAGUAUAAACAAAUGAUUGUAGAAGAAUGUGGGCCAAACUGA